GCCACCAAAACCCGUUCUUUUAGGGACGCGUUUAACAUCGCCCUCAUCCCGCUUCUUGAAAAAGUUUUUUCCAGUAAAGAGGCCGGAUCGGAUUUACCGUACCAACUAGAAAGUCCAGUUCGACCGACCAAGAUGACACAGGAACAUGACAAUAAGCGGGCAGUGCUGGUGCUACAGAAUGACCCCCCUUACGGUCAGCGCCGGCCGUUCACCAACGAGGACGAGGCCUGGAAGUCCUUCCUAGAGAACCCGCUGACAGCCGCCACCAAGGCCAUGAUGAGCAUCAAUGGGGACGAGGACAGUGCGGCCGCGCUGGGCCUGCUCUAUGACUACUACAAGGUACCCCGGGAGAAAAGAUCAAUACCACAGACCAAGACAGAGGUGCUGGCCUCUGAGGUGGAUCCCAACAAAAGGAACCUGAUGGCCCCCCUGCCAGAGGCUGCCAUGGCGACGCCAGAGAACCGAAUCCAGGUGCUGAAGAGCGUCCCGUUCAACAUCGUCCUCCCAGGGAACCAGCUGACCCCGGACAAGAGGGUGGCGCCGUUCCCCUCGCCCGACACCACUGUCACCGUGUCCAUCGCUGCCAUGCCCAACUACCCCAUGAAGCCGGAGACACCGUCACACGGGUUCGCCGUGGCUGUGCCAGGCGGGGCCCACUGUGCCGAGACCGACGCCCACGCCGUGGCCUUUGACCGGCAGCUCAACCACAGCCAGUUCAGCCCCAACACACAGCCGCGCACGCCUGACUCCACCUUCCCCGAGACCUUCAAAGACGGGUCCCAGGAGGUGUUCUCAUUCCCAGGGGAUCUCCAGUUGCGCAUGGCCUCCAUCACGCCCGAUGAUUACACGGCCUUUGACACAACAUCAGGGAAUAACUUUGAAUACACACUGGAGGCCUCAAAGUCCCUGCGACAGAAGUCAGGUGACGGCACCAUGACCUACCUGAACAAAGGCCAGUUCUACCCCAUCAGCCUGAGGGAAGUGGAGAACGGCAAAGUUUUGCAUCACCCCAUCAGCAAAGUGCGGAGCGUGGUGAUGGUGGUGUUUGGGGAGGAGAAAUGCAGGGACGACCAGCUCAAACACUGGAAGUACUGGCAUUCCAGACAGCACACAGCCAAACAGCGCUGCAUCGAUAUCGCUGACUACAAAGAAAGUUUCAAUACCAUCAGCAACAUCGAGGAGAUCGCCUACAACGCCAUCUCCUUCACGUGGGACAUCAAUGAGGAGGCAAAGAUCUUCGUCUCGGUGAACUGCCUGAGCACGGACUUCUCCUCUCAGAAGGGGGUGAAGGGGCUGCCGCUCAACCUGCAGAUCGACACCUACAGCUACAACAACCGCAGCAACAAGCCCAUCCACCGAGCCUACUGCCAGAUCAAGGUGUUCUGCGACAAGGGCGCUGAGCGCAAGAUUCGUGACGAGGAGAGGAAGCAGUCCCGCCGGAAGGGGAAGUGCCCCGACGGGCCCCCUGGCAUCGGCACCUUCGUGGACGUAAAGGUGCCCAUUCUGCACAAGCGGAGCGACAUCACGACCUUCAAGAUGAUGAGCGACCUUGACACUCAGCCCGUCCUCUUCAUCCCGGACAUCCACUUCUCCAGCUUCCAGCGGCAUCCGUUUUCAUCAGAGGAAGGAGAGGAAGGCUCGGGCAUGAAGAGACUACCCUACUCCAACGAGGAUGAGUUUGGCCCCCCUGCUGCCAAAGCCGCCAGGAUGGACGAACCCAAGAAAGUGUUGCUGUACGUGCGGAAGGAGACAGAGGAAGUGUUUGACGCCUUAAUGCUGAAAACCCCAACCCUGAAAGGCCUGGUUGAGGCGAUUUCUGAGAAGUAUGAGGUGCCCCUGGAGAAAGUGGGAAAAGUGUACAAGAAGUGCAAAAAAGGAAUCCUGGUCAACAUGGAUGACAACAUCAUCAAGCACUACUCCAACGAGGACACCUUCCAGAUCCACAUGGAGGAGAUGGGGGGCAUGUACAAGCUGACUCUGACGGAGAUCUGAGCAGAAUCAGG